AUGGCGCAUCCCACAGAUUGGAAAUCCUCUCAGUUUAACAGACCUCCCACUGUGGAUGGCAUGAAAGAACUCAACGCUCUAAUUGCUUGCCCUCAAGAGCUCACCAGGAUCACUGGAUCAGAACCUCGUUGGACGUCUGCCCUCUUAUCUUUGCAAGCACAUGGAUUCCCACAACGAUGUUCUCGUAUCACUCACACCGACAACAUCUUAAACUGCAUCUUUGAUCUUUGCACUAUUCUCGACAGGUUAACGGGUGGCUCGACUAUUGUAUUGCACCAUCUGGGUGCAACAUCACCGAAUGCAGAUGUUGUACCAGAAUCCCUCAAAGCUGAGGUGUACAUCAACCCCAGGGUCCUUGCCGAGCGUCAAGAGCUCCACCCAGUACUCGCACAGAUUACACAGACCUUCAUCGCCAACUAUGCGGCUCCAUUGGCACAUGCCUUCGCUGAGACUCACAGUCGCAAGUGGGGUAAAUCAAACGCUCAACAAACACCUUCGAAAGGCAAAGCGACUCCUUCCAAGGGCAAGGAAAAGAUUGAUACCAUCCUGCCUCUAGUUCCCUCGCCAGUAUCUCCAAACUCUGCACACUUUGUCUUUCAUGGACGUCCAGCUGGUUCUUUAGAAAGUCUCCUUAACUCAUCCUUCCAUAUCUUAUCUUAUGCGCCUUUGUAUGAUGGCAAUGUUAUAUGGGAGCCGACUCAGGUACAAAUCAGGCGUGCCUGCACUGAUUACAACAACAGUGGGGGCAGUGCUAGUGUGCCAUCUAUUUACCUCCUUCCAUUUCGCGUCCUUCUCGUUCGUUUCAGUUUUGAACCGAGCAGCGCAGGAACUGAGACCCAAAAACUUGUGUCACAUGUCAACAAACCUGCCAAGUCCCUUCAUGCCCCGGUCACAUUCUACGAGACUUCAGACAGUGACAACAACAACGACAUCAACAUUUUCAACUCUCCACAACAAUAUCCUCCUAAACAGUACCUUACUAAGAAAUGGGUUACAAAAUUGCAGGAGCUUGCCAGGAUUCCCAAGGAGCAUGCCGAAGCUAUUUUACUCUGUUACUCAGUCCAUGCCACUCACACCACCAUAAUGUUUGGAUUUCAUUCACACAAUUCUCAUUGGCUGGUUCCCCAAACUCGGGGACCAUACGUCAAGAACGGCAGGCGUGCUAAACGCCUCAAUGAGGACCAUGAGAUUCAGCUUGUCCUUAACUACAUCAACGCCAAGGCCACAGAUUUGGCAGUGAAAUUCAAACAACCUCGUCGCCGAUAUUUGGAGCGAUUCUCACUUGGUUCCGUUGUCCACCACCACAAACACAACAAGACAAGCAUCAAGGCCAAUUCCAGUACUAACAAGAAGUCGAACCAGAAGGAGGAACUCAUAAUCGAGUUCGACAAAGUCAAGAAAGGCGCUCAAGAUCGUCCUCCCAAUAUUACUGCUCGUACACAUGCUGCAGAGUGUGCUCGUAGCUUUCAAUUUGUGAGAGAAGAGCUCAAGGCUCUUAAUAAACAUGUCAGCGCUGAGGCUUUUGUCAUCAUGGUUCAUGGCGUUUUGGAUUUUGCUAUGGCCCCAAAGGCCUUUUUCACCAGUCCCGCAACGGAACAAUUUGUCUGUUUGUAUUUGCGCAAAGACAUUGCCAAGAUGGCAACUGACUUUGAGAGCACCGUGCUGGCCAAUGGCCUUAUCAUCAGUGAAGUGACAGAUGAUUCCUCAGCGACCGUUGAGUUUACCCGGUACAAUGAUCUUGUGCGUGAUUACCACGUCAAACUGGUGGGAUGGAAUCACCCCCAAUGGGCCAACCUAUCAGACUUAAAGGGGGGUAUUGAAAGCCUCGAGAAAGUCACCAGCACUAUUGCAGAAGGCACUUGUAAGUUUGUGUCGAUCACACAUGAAGAAGUUGAAGAGCAGAUGAACCAUAUCAAGAAUGGGGAAAAGCUCAAUCCUGAGCUCGAGCCUCCUAUGCCACCUGACGCUCUUCCUUCAGCAUCACCCCCCAUGACUGCUACACCUUCCACAGGACCCCUUCCUAAUUCUUCACAUCCUUCACCUUCUCCACUCGAGGACGAGAAUGAUUCCAGGCCUUCUCCUUUUGAGAAUGAGAAUGAUUCUGGGCCAUCUCCUUUUGAGGAUGACAACAAUCCCCUUCCUAUUGAAUCUACUCACAUCUCCUCGAUAAUAAAUGACUUGGUGGAUCCUGCACUUCGUGUGCUUGACAAUUCCUCACCUCCUCCAGCUAAUGAAGAUGCUCUGGUCUCGGCGACGAAUCACAAUCACAAGUGGCCUGUUGACGACACGACACCAUCCGAGGGACAACGCCCGAAGCGUGCCCGCAAGCUCACUGAAAAGGCACAACAGCUGUGCAGCCUGGACUCUGACUCACGUGAGACUGACAAAGUACAGCGGCAGAAAGCAAAAGGUAGACAGCGUGCAAAAAAGAGCAGGGCCUUCAUUGAAUCAGACCAAGAGAACACCAUGUAG